AUGGUGACAGCUUGGUUGCUUAACAACAUGAGUGAAUCCAUAAAAAGAUCAGUCAUGUAUAUUAAGUCGUCUAAGGAAAUUUGGAUGAGCUUGAGAAACAGGUUCACUGUGAGCAAUGGCAAUAGAAAAUAUAGGUUGAACAAGAUCCCCUAUGAAGUGAAACAAAAUGAAAGGUCUGUGUCAGAUUACUACACUGACUUGAGAGUUCUCUGGGAAGAAAUUGAAUCAAUGAAUGAUUAUCGUCCUAUUACAAAUGUUAACUUUGAAAUUACUGCUUACAUAAAAGCAAUAGACCAACAAAAAGAAGAACAUAAGUUGUUUCAGUUUCUUAAUGGACUGGACUUGAGCUAUGGAGCUUUAAGGAGUCAAAUCUUGCUUAUGAGCACCCUACCCACUGUAGAGACAGUUAUUUCAAUGGUGCAGCAGAAGGAGUCUCAAAAUGAGGUUUUGGGAAAAGAAAAGGAGGAGAGUGCUAACAUAGCCCUCUACAGCAAAAAUGAAAACAAACUCUUUUGCACAGUUUGUAAGAAAACUAACCACACAGCUGAUAAGUGUUGGUUUAAGAUAGGUUUUCCAUCUGGGAACAACAAAAACAAGCAGAAAAAGAGCUUUGAAAAUGCUCAAGAGAAGGGAGUUUAUCAUGGAAAAGGAAGAGGUCGUCAAGGAAACUAUGGAGGGCACAAUGCAAAGAAGAAGGGUGGUUAUAAUGCUCAGCUGAAUGUUGGGAGCACUGAGCUUGCUGCUGCUAUUGCUUAA